UCUCGAUACCGGUCGGCAUUUUAAAUUCCGUUCGCGAUCCUAGAAAGAGAAUAGAACGAAUUGCAUGUGUUUGAUUUUUUUAAAUUUAGCUCAAAUCAUUUUUUCGAAAUAUUUAUAUGAUUGAGAAUUCCCGCUAACGAUUGAUCGAUUAUAAAACGUAAUUACCAUCUGUCACGCGGUACGGCUUGUAAAAGGUUAUGUGAGGUUAUGCCGGUUGAGUUUUCACGCGUGCAUAACAUACUGACAGAAAGAGAGAAUGGACGAGGCACUCACUACACCGCCUACAUUUAAACGGAAUUUCGUCGAGCGAAUUUACUGCGUGGAAUUGUCGCCGUACGAAUGGUCGCAACAUUUGAUCUGCAUCGCCCUCGCCAAGGAAAUUGUCGUUGCUAGUGUUAGAUUUCAGGAUGAAGAUGACGCUGUGGAAGACAUGGCGUACAAUCCUAUCAAAACAUUUCAUCAUGAUACAAGACCUCACGCAAUCGCGUGGAGUCCAGAAACCUCCUUGAAUGUUGUUCCCAAAAUUCUUACAUUUUGUGUCGCUGGUGCGGACUUUAAGAUUAGAUUGUACAAUAGCAAUUUAAAUAACAUCAAUGUGUACGAGAUUUUAGAAGGGCACAAAGAUUAUACGAAUGCAAUUUCUUAUGAACCAGAGGGUGAAUUGUUAGCAUCGGUUUCCGAUGAUCAUACGUGUAAAUUGUGGGCAAUUAAAGAGGAUCAGAAAUGUGUGUCCACAUUUUUCUUGACAUCGCCUGGUACGAGCGUAUGUUGGCACAAUGAAGAAUCCGGCAAGCUUUUAGUAGCGGAAAAGAACGGCUUAAUACGUAUGUACAAUGUCAGAAGUCAACAAGCGAUCAUGUCUCUUGAUUGUGGGGCUGUUCCCUUGAUUGCGGCAGACUGGGCGCCAAAUCCUUUAAAAGUUGUAUCGAUGGCUGCCGGAGAAUUAUUACUCUGGGAUGUAUCUAGACCAAGCCGUCCCCUUGAUGAGCGAACACUUCAUCUAGAAGGUGGUUUAGCAGUGAAAUUCUCACACACGAACGAAAAUCUGGUCGCGAGCAUUGGUUGGCCAGAUAACUUGUUGAAAGUUUUCAAUUUUAAAUCCAAACAAGUGAUAUUAUGUGGGAAAGUGAAGUUGGUUGGUGGUAUGACUUGGCACUAUAAAUUGCCUUAUGUCUGUGCCGGAAGUGAUAGAGAACUAUGUUUCUGGAGAGUGAAUGUAAAUUAAGACACAUUAAAUCGAUUUUAUACGUAAAAAGAGAAAUCUUUGAACUCUAUAAAAAGUAUUUAAGAGAUGAUGUUACAUAUAUAAUUUAUAGAAGAGAUAUCAAUUAUAUAUUUCUUUUAUUAUACUUUAAUAUUUCUCUAAACUAAUCAUUCUGAAAAAAUCGUUAUUGUUAUGAUGCAUCUGUAAUAGGGUUAACACUUUCCGAGAUAAAAUUUCACAUUUAAUAGAAA